AUGAACUUUCAACAUAUUAAUCGUCCUACUACUCACAACAAGUCACUUAUUUUGAACAAUGUAUCUUCUACUCAAAGAUCGACACAACCAGCCAUCUCUCACUCUACAACCUAUCGACCUCCUCCUCCUACGUUUUACAGCAAUAAAUCAGUCAGCAUACCUGGACAUCAUAAAUCCUUAGUUAUCAAUAAUAACAGUACCCCCAACAACAACAGUAGUAGUAAUAGUACUAGUAGAGUAACUUCUGGUCCUCAUCGAUCUUUGAUUGUGAACAAUAACUACCCAUCAACUAGUUUAAAAACUCCCUUAUCAAAACCAAGUCGAAACAAGAAACUCAUCCUACGGAGCACACCAGGUUCAACUAUCCAACGAUAUCGAAAUAAUGCUGGUCAGUCUAUUGUGGUCAUUGAUGGUAUUUCCUUUAUAGCCAUGGGGAAACGAUUGAUUCGACAGGAUUUAGAUCAAACUGGAAAAACGAAAUCUAAUGUACCUCGAGUUCUCAUUCGUCGUUUAAUCAAAAAGAAAAAGGUACGAUAUAAGAAGAGAGGCAAUGCUGUAUAUAUACGACAACCGGAUGGAUAUGAAAGACAAGGUAUACAUGGAAAAACGUUGGUAUUGAAGGAUUCGCAACAAGGCAAAAGAUAUUGUGGUACUUUUACAAGAUAUGGUACGUGUCCAAAUAAGACAAGAUGUGGGUUUAUCCAUGAUCCAAAUCAUCGAGCUGCAUGUGUUUCCUAUUUAUUCACCAAGACAUGUAGACAUAAUGAUGGUUGUCGCCAUUCACAUCAUCUGACGCCAGAGAAUGUUCCACAUUGUCGUCAUUUUCAACGUAUACGAUGUACCAAUGAUGAUUGUCCAUUUCAACAUGUUCGUGUGCGUCCUGAUGCUCCUCUUUGUCGUGCAUUUGGUGUAGAAGGAUAUUGUCCAAAGGGUUUGACUUGUAAACAACAACAUAUCAUUGUCUGUCCCACUUUUGCCGUACUAGGAAAAUGCUCAAAACCCAAAUGUCCAUUACCUCAUGUAAAUACAACUAACAAUAAAAAAGCGACAUUAAAGGCCAAACAACAAUGGAUUCGACCACAGUCAACAACAACAACAAUUCAUAAGAAAACUGAACAACAACAACAAGAAGAAGAAGAAGAUGGUUUUGUACCCUUGUUGGAUGAUGAUAAUACAGAUUGGAAUCAAUAUUUAAUCAAGAAUCCCAUGGAUGAUAUCAAAUCAUUACGAUUCAAUGAAGAAGAAGAAGAAGAAGAAGAUAAUGAAGACAGUAGCAACAAUGACACCGAUGAUGAGAUUGUUUAUGAAGAAAUAUCUGAUAAUGAAGAUGAUGAUGACAACAGCUCAAUGGACAAUGGAUCAAUGGAAGAAAUCUUUGAAGAAGUUUCCGAUAUGGAGGAUGACGAUGAAUGA